AUGGUCCUUACCUCCAGAGGAGGCGAGAUUAUCGCCAUUGUUUCCGUCUUGGUCGGAAUCUCCUUCAUCGCUACCAUUCUCCGCGCCUGGGCCCGACUGAAACGUCGGGUUCCCUUUGGGAUGGAUGACUAUCUGUGCUUCCUGGCCAUGGUUCUCCUCAUUGCCAUGGAAAUUGAGUUGGUCUUGUGGGUUACCAUUGGAGGCAACGGAGCCCACAUGAAAGACCUGGAUCUCCAGACUUUGAUGAACUUCUCCAAGAUCUUCCUGGCAAACCAAUUCACCUAUUUCGUGCUGUGUCCCGCCAUCAAGAUCUCCAUCAUCUGUUUCUACCGCCGGUUGUUUACCAUGAAACCCUUCCAAUGGGUGACGUUCUGCCUGAACACGCUGGUCGGGCUCUGGGGGGCGGGCAUCUUCCUCGCCUGUGCCCUGCAGUGCCGCCCGCUGCGCGCCUACUGGGACAAGCGCAUCGAUGGCCACUGCUUCGACGGAAACACGUUCUUCAUCGUGAAUCAGGCCUUCAACAUCGUCAUGGACUUUGUCAUCCUGGCCCUCCCCAUCCCCAUGAUCUGGGGCCUGCAGCGCGCCUGGCAGGACAAGCUCGCGCUGAACGGCGUGUUCGCCCUCGGCGCCUUCGUCUGCUUCGCCAGCAUCUACCGCAUCGUCGUUCUCUUCUGGAUCAAACCCGCCGACACCACCUACACCGUGUACCAGGCCACGCUGUGGACGCACGUUGAGCCGUCCAUCGGCCUCAUCUGCGCCUGUCUGCCCAUCAUCCGCGGCCUCUUCCCCCGCCUCAAGCUCGCCAGCGCCCGCCGCUACACCAAGAACCCCUACUACAUCAACACCGACCUGAGCACCUCGCACUUCGGCAUGUCCAGCCCCAAGUCCCCCGCCUCCGAGUACUUCAAGAUGGAGGAGGGCAUCUCCCGCGCCACCAGCGAGGCGACCACCGUGCCCGUCUCGCCCGUGGGGAACACCCACCUCGCCCCCAUGGAUAUCACUGUGCGCACCGACAUCAAGAUCUCUCAGGAUGCCGCGUCGAUCAAAUCGCAAUCGCAUACGUGA